AUAAAAUAGAAUCAAAAUAAACUCCCCAAGGAGAUGUCCGAAUCGCAGGCCUCAUCGCGGCACUGCUGCUUUCGUCCUGUCACCCACUGCAUCUUUGAGCUGGACGGCCUGCUGCUCGACAGCGAGCGACUCUACACGAAUGCGGUGCAGAAGAUCCUCGAUCCCUUCGGUCACAUUUACAGCUUUGACCUGAAGCUGCGCUGCAUGGGCUCAACCGCGGCGGAGGCGGCGGGCCUCAUCAUCGACAGCUUCAAGCUGCCCAUCAGCCGCACGCAGUUCCAGCGCCUCCACAAGCUGCACAGCCGCGAGCAUUUGUCGUCGGUGGGUCUGAUGCCCGGCGUGGAGCGGCUGCUGCGGCAUCUGCAGUCCUGCAAUGUGCCCAUGGCCAUCGAGACGUGCGGCACUCGGGAGUUGUACGAUCUGAAGGUGCGUCCCCACUCGCAGCUCUUUGAGGUCUUCCAUCACGCGGUCGUCGGCAGCUCCGACUCGGAGGUGAAGCAGUGCAAGCCAGCGCCGGAUAUAUUCCUGCUGGCUGCCUCACGCUUCGGGGAGGAUCCACCCGCAAAGCCCGAGAACUGCUUGGCCUUUGAGUUCUCGCUGCUGGGCAUGCAGGCCGCUCUGGCUGCUGGCAUGCAGGUGGUGCUGGUGCCCGAUGCGCUGCUCUCCAUACGGCUGAGUGCUCCAGCUACGCUGAGACUGCGAUCGCUGGAGGCCUUUAGGCCGCAGUACUUUGGGUUGCCACCGUUUUAGAGGGGAGUAACAGGAGGACG